AUGUCGUUCCCCGAGCUGCGAAGCGUUUUCUUUCGACUUUCACGAACGAGACCUGUUGUUCGGUCAGCUUCACAACCUCUGACCCGCGCGAAUGUGAUCCUUUACCUCCCUCCCGGACCAUUGUUUCGGUCUUCGUCCCACCCGGAAAAUGAAGAACAUGGCAGGAUAAACCGUAUCCUUGGACCCGACCCCGCGCAUCUGCUUGCAUCAACUACAUCGUCCACGGUGGUUACCGUAAACUACCGCUUGGGCGCCAUCGAUAGGGGGACAGUAUGCCCUUCCGAAGAGCCAGCAGCGCAGCAACCUACAAAGCCCGCAGUCUACAAAUACCCGACACCAAUCCACGACACGCUGGCUGGGCUCGAUUGGGUUGCGCAGAAUCUACAGCCCGCACAGCUCUGCGUGCUAGGCACACAUGUCGGGGGAUCGCUGGCACUGAUGCUCGCCCUGACCGAAGCACAGACCGUGAGCGCCGUCGCCGCGAUAGAGCCCGUCUGUGACUGGGCCGGACUAGACGAGUACUGCACGGCCAUAGCUCCUGCAGAGACGCCAACCGAGAGGCAGAGAAGGGGCCGGUUCAUUGCUCCACCGGAUCUGGUUCCGCUGCUCCAAGCACGAGAGACCCUCUUCGACACCCCGGAGAGAUACUUCGAUGCCUUUGCCUCGCCGAUCCUGUUUCUCCGCUCGCCUGGUAAAGGAGUCCCCCGCUCGACUCCCAGGUACAUGACUGGCGCGGAGUACCCGCGGCCGGUACUGGUACCGCCACCCCAGGCCGACCGACACCAAGAUCUCCAGACCAACCACAUGCCUGAAGACCUUGACGGCGAGAUCGGAGCCUCCUCCGAACAAGACAGCGAGAGGAUCACCCGCCGUCGAAAGGCCCUCUCCAGAUGGCCACCGUAUGGGCUGGAUUACGGCCUCGAACAGGCAACAUACUCGCCUCACGCAGGGAUCCGACGACUAGAAGUCACGCUGCCGCGGGUGCGUAUCUACACGGGAAGCAAUGAGCUCCCUCGCGACAAGAAAGCGAGGACCACCAGCACGGUCUUAGCCCAACAGGCUGAGGAGAUGGUUUCCGUCAUGCGACGCGCCUGUUUUUUCGGUCGGGAGAAGGGGUUCGGCGACGAGCGAGUGCAGCUGGGCAGGGUGGAGGAUGUAGCCGAAGCAGCGGGAUGUCAUGCGCUCUACCAACUGAGCCAUGCGAGCUAG